UGUGUCAAACCUUGAAGUGAAAGAACUGAAAGAAUGGUAGUUCGCCUGCGAUUGCAACGCUUCGGGCGUACACAUGCUCCCUUUUAUCGAAUGGUGGCGGCUCACUCCAAGGCCCCUCGAGAUGGUCGAUUCCUGGAGAUUGUUGGCACAUACAAUCCUAUUGCAAACCGGCAUGGAAUGAAGGAAAUUCGACUCAAGACAGAUCGCCUCAAGUACUGGAUUGCUGUGGGCGCUCAACCAUCUGACAGAGUGGCUUGGAUAUUGGGAAAAUUUGGGAUAUUGCCACCACCUCCAAGAAGGACGUCCUUUGAAUCUGCAGUGCCGAAAAAAGAUCGGAAUAAAGAUGAUUAGGAAUUGCAAAGAGAUAGAAUCGAAUCGAUCAGACAAUUGCUACUUCUAGCUAGCUGCACAAUACCUGGUACUAGUACUGGUAGCUGUUAAUUAGUGAGGGACAGGAGAGCAUCUCCCCUCCAAAAGACACAUUGUGUGUUGCCAACGGUUUGUACCCAGCACCAUGAACCGCACGCAUGUCCUUGAUUUCUAUGACGAAUUCUGCUGUUCUCUAUCUCGUGGAGACACCGAAAUCGUCCUUUUAAUUAAUCAAAGCCACUAGUAGACAGUAA